CAUAUUUUUCCAAGUAGAUAACUUUAUCCAAUAGUAGCUGAUGCUUUAAAUCAAUGGUUAUUUAACACUGAUAAUGAUUUUGCCAUUAGUUAAUUUAUUACAUUUUGUGGAAGAUUUUGUUAAACAGACGUAACUUAAAAUGUUCUUCUUCAUCAUCAUGGUCAUUACAAUUGGGACAUCUACAGGAGCUAAAAUUCUAGUAAUGAUGCCAAAUCCAGCACCCAGUUUCACUCGCAGUUUCCAGCCAUUGUUCCGAGAGCUGGCUGAGAGGGGGCAUGAGGUGACAUCGUACACAGUGUUCCCUCUUCCGCCACCUAUUCCAGCCAGCUACAAAGAAGUGCUUGUCGAGAAUGUUUUUAUCUCUAGUCCUCGAUUGGGUAACUAUCUAAAAGAUAUUAAAGACUAUUCCAACAGUAGUCUCACGAAUUAUGCACUAUUUCUGUGGGAGUUGGGUCUGAUGCUCAGUGAAGAAGUGUUAAAAACUCCUGCAAUCCAGGAACUGAUUAAAUCUGACGAAUCUUAUGAUUUAAUUAUUGAUAAUUCCAUAAUAUAUUUCGAACCUAUUGCCGGGUUCCGUCACAAGUUCAACUGCCCUUCCAUCAACCUCUUUCCAAAUUCCCCUAAUCAAAUCUUUAGCGAAAUAACCGGGAAUCCACUCCCUUAUGCUUACAUCCCCUAUCACAAUUUGCCGUACAACAGCAAUAUGAGCUUCUGGCAACGGGCCACAAAUACUUACAUCGGUCUUCUCACCGAUCUCGGGAACAGACUGUACUACCUGCCCCGUCAAGAUGUGAUUAUGCGUAACUAUUUCAACAACCUGAACAUGCCACAUAUCACAAGUCUUCUGGCGAGUGCACAUGUCUCCCUGUUGGACACUCAUUUACUGCUAGACUACCCUAGACCGUACCUGACAGGGACCGUUCUUGUCGGUGGCAUGCUCACACCAAAGACCAACAGUCUUCCUCAGGAGUUAAAACAAUGGUUGGACAAGGCAGAUGAAGGUUUUAUUUACUUCAGUCUCGGCUCAGUCAUGAGGUUCGGGACGUUGUCCUCUAGUCAAAGAUCAGCCAUCUUGGACACAUUCGGCAAACUGAAACUACCUGUCCUCCUCAAGUGGGAAGGUGAUAACAAAGACGAGCUUCCUACAAAUGUAAGAGCAGAGACAUGGGUGUCUCAGGCUGACAUUUUAGCACAUCGUAACUGCCACCUGUUUGUGACACACGGAGGACUUCAUAGCCUGCUGGAGUCUCUUCAUUACGGAGUGCCUGUAGUUGGUCUUCCCAUCUUCGGAGACCAACUCCACAACUUGGUUAAUCUUCAGGAGCGUGGAGUUGCCACAUACUUACCUCUUGAUCAACUCCAGAUGUCCACAUUCACAACAGCCAUCCUACUAAUGCUUAAUAAUGAAAAAGCAAAAGAAAACGCAAAAAGAUUGUCAGUCAUAGUUCAAGACCAUCCAAUGGCACCAUUGCAGACUGCAGUCUACUGGGUUGAGUAUGUCCUCCAUCACAAAGGAGCUCACCAUCUCAGGAGUGCAGUCACUGACCUCUAUUGGUACCAACUAUACUUAUUAGAUAUAAUUCUUUUUGUUCUGGUACUAAUUGUUGUUAUAUUCAUGGUUGUAAAAUACACUCUCAAACUGAUGUUCAAUUUAAUUGCUUUCAAAAGGAAAGUAGAUUAAUAAUGGGUUUAUAGAAUCGUAAUACAUUUUUUUAACGAGUAACAAAAUACAGUGUUAAAUGUGUCCUCUUUUCAACUAAUUUGGCUAUUUCAAGAAUAAGAAAAAAACAUCCAACUAAAAGAAUGAAUACAAAUUAUUUUACAUUAUAAAUUAAGUAGAUUAUUCUAAAAAUGUUUGCUCUGAAAAUCUUAUUGUAAGUUCAAAGAAAAAUGUGUUUAAUUUUUUGACAUUGGUCUAGUCAUUGUAAAAGCUUUCCUGCUGUAAACUGGUUACACAUGUAUUAAUUUUCCUCAUUUCCCACGUAAUGUGGCAACUGGUUGUUAAACAAGACGCAUUUGUUUUAUUGAACCAGAUGUCAACUAUGUAGAAAAACAAGAAGUAUAAAAGUAAAUUAAGAAUAGCUAAAUAAUUAUAAUUUUAUUGAUUGAGAUAAAGUUUGGGUUUACAAAAAGCAAGACCAUUCUCCAAAUUAACCAACAGAAUACUGUACGUCUAUGAUUCCUUGUAAUUAACAACAAGACACAAGUAGACCACACCAAGUGUCGUAUCAGACUUCUCUGAGUUUGCAUGCAGAACUUUAAGUCUAUAGCUACAUAUGUCAUUAUUUAAAAUUUAAAAAUGUCACAUGAUUGUGUGAGUAUUUAGUUUAUUUACAAAUUUAUUAAUUCUACAAUUUCCAUGUUGCCAUCAUGAUUACCCAUAAUACAAUGUAAAAUUUUUAUUACUAAUCAACCAAUUAGAGAGUAGCAAAUACUCUCAUAGUUUCAAUGUUAUUAGCAUUAGACUAUGAAUAAUAUUAGCAUGAAAACACUAAAAAUCUCACUAAAUAACAAAGUACCUAUAGCAUAUCAAUAAGAAAAGUUUCAAAACUGUUGGACAGUAAUUAUUGAACAAAGAAAUAUCACAUAUAAUAAACCAAUAAUAGGUAAAACAGAGUGACAAAUCUUGGUUGGACUCCCAGAAAAGAUGCUUCUGAAUCAUGGGAGGAUCAACAAUUUUGACUAUAGUAUGUAACAACUAGUAGUAACUAUAGUAUGUAGUAACUAAGAUAGUACCAUAAAUUACAAUUCAGAUAGUUAAUUGGUAUAAUACUAAUGUUAUUUCAUUAACAAUAACUGUAUCCAAAACUCUAAAAUAUGACUAUGGACCUUUUCUCUUUGUUCAUUUGAGAUUCUAUACCCUUCUCAAUAUUACAUAAUCAAAUACAUAAUCAAUAUAUUUGAUGACAGAAACACUUAAAUUUUAGAUAGGUACUACAGUAUAACAAUAUUAAUACAUUUUUUUAAUGUUCAAUAAAGAUAUAUUGGAAUGAUUCAUUGUACUAUAACA